UGUUAUUUAAUGAAAGCAAUUAACAAACACCUAAUCUGUAUAGUAGUACACACUCCCGUUUGCUUACUAUGAGCUAAGAUCCCUAAUCCUCAGUAGUCAUAGGUGGAUGUUUUGUUUUCUACAAUUCUACAGACUGAGGACAUGACAUUAUCAACAGCUGAUGGAAGAACUUCUUGGUGACUGUUACAUGUAUCAAUACAGACAAUUAAAUUACAAUGUAUAUUACUACCCCAGCUGCUCUAAGCAUUUUUGAUGGAUUUGCUGCAUGCAUGGUCAAAUAGAACAAAGGCCAAAGGUAAUAUCACACUAUAUGAGUGAUACCAUGUCAACUAGCUGCCACUGAUAUUGGCCCACUGCAGACACUGCCUUGUUUCCAUAUAAACAUUCAAUUACCUUAUAGAGACAGCAUUGAACUAUUUUCAUGACCAUAUGAAAUGACUACCAGGUAUAUACAGGGUUAUUUUUGCCCAUCUACACUUGAAACAGUUUUGCCAUUCUUGAAUUUGCCCGAACUCAGCUGGGUUUAAAGAGGUAGUUUGAGACAUUAGAAUUCACCCAGUCAUAAAUUUGCCAGCUGAAAACAAGGGCAAAAGGGGUGGAAAAAAAUGGGGGCAAAUAUUUCCCAGUAUACAGUACUUUCUUCAUUUCUAAAAGUAGAUGUAUCAGAUACAUGAAAUUCUUAAAUGUAGCAAUAAGUACUAUUAUUAAACACAAUUCACGCACCAGUUUAGUUCUAAUUGAAUUUGUGGUUAUUUGUAAUUUGAAAUACAUGUAUGUUACACUGUUUAAGAAAAAAAGAAUAUCAAAACAUACAUGUAAUAUGUACCGGAGGUAGGAAAAAUGAACAUUUUUUUUCUACCCCAUUCUUGGUUUCCUGGUGGGACACCAAAAUUCAAGGAAUAUGAAAAUUAGUACUGUAUUUUGAAUUUCUUGCUAAAUGCCACCAUUUUUCUCUAUUUCUUGAUCAUGAGACACUAGAAAUCAUCACCUGUGUUUGACACAUGACCUUCAGAUUCUCAGACUAAACCUUAGACCUACAAACUUGGUUCAAGGUCACCCUUACUGAUUUAAAGUAGUUUUUGAGUAGUUUAACGCCCCAACUGAAAUUAUCACCUCAUAAUAAUCAAAGAAUGAUUCCUUAUUACUUAUAUUUAUAUAAUUUUCAGUCAUUGUAUGAUAAAAUAUUAAAAUAUAUAUAUAUAAAAGCAAAUCCCGCUGGUGCUAUAGUUUUACGUCAUUUGAAUUUAUUGGACUGUAUAGUACAAAAUCGAUACAUAGUGUUAUCACAAGCAAAGACAUUGACAAAUGUAAAAAUUAGUAUUUAUGAAAAUACAUCAUCUAUAUGGGAAACAUGAACAUGCAAAACUUCCCAGCCAAUAAACGAAAUGCCUUCCUUGAUUGGUAAUGCAUAUAAAUGAAAUAAAUUUUCUGAGUAUAGUUAUCAAGGUUUAGCAAUGGAACUGUUCUUGUCAUCAAUAUUUACAUGUGUUUCUUUCCUAGUUGUCAGUACUGCUGGGGUGAAUGUUCACGUUACUGCAAAUGGUUGUACUGUACUCAUACAGUGGAAUAAAGAAACUCAUUCUGAAGUUUACAUUGCUAUUCGGAAUGUAAGGGACAAAGAUAAUUUAGGCAUCGAGACGAGUAGAGGAAGAUUUACUUAUGCUGAUGUACAGCCAGGUCAAUCCUACAAUAUAACUUGGACACCUAUAAGAAUUAUAAAUAAUACCGGUACAAGAGUACGAGACUGGACUUUAAAGGAAGAGAAUUAUGUUUUAAUUCCUCGAGACUGCAACAUUCAGACAUCAUCAUCUUCAGAGAUUUCAACACCUAAAAUAGACUGCAUCCUUCAAUCAUCUUCACAGACACCGACACCAAAAACAAACAGCAUCCUUCAACAAUCAUCCUCCGAGAUUUCACCAACACAAGAAACAGGUAUGAUACACUUUACCGAUUCCAGUGGAUUCUGCGACGUCUAUUUCUGGGUGUCAAUGUUUGCUUUCCCUGUAGCAAUUGGGGCAGUCAUUGUUCUCACGUACCUCCACAUCAUAAGGAAGUUCGAAGGUACAAAACGCAGCAAGCAGAACGAUCCCCAGUCUGCCAGGUCAGCUGGAGUCAAUGUGAAAUCAACAUGCUAUUCCAACGACACUCCAAACUAUUACGAUGAAGUUCAAUACUCACUAGCACAGGAAAUUGAGCGUUAAUAUUGUUAUUGAAAUUUAACCUUUUCAAUUGAAAGAUCAUGUAUCUCAUAAUUAUUUUCAUGUAAUAAUUACAAGUAUACUUGAAUUUUAUGUUCAUGACAUUUUUAUAAUCAGUAGAAGUGUAUAUAUGAGCAAUGAGUUUAUUAUAUUCAAGUGUCAUAAAAUUUGCCAAAAAUGGGGUAAAUAUGUAACCUUUAUACUUGCAUCGUAAUUUUAUACAAUGAUUAAAAAUUUUUAUCGCAAAAUUUUUGCGUAUCAUUUUUUAUGAUGUUUGAAAAUAAUGUCAUCACAAAAAUAAAUUAAUUCACUGUAAACUGUCGAGAUGCAUUGCAAAAACUUGAAGUGGUGAUACAGGGCUUUCUUUUGCCAGCCCUGGAACAUCAGUUGUCAUUUCAAUGCAUUGGUUACUGACAAUGGAAGUUUUAAACACAGCAGCAUUUGUACAAUUAAUGUUAAUUUGAUUUUUGGUGUCAUCUCAUAUCAAAAUCUUUAAAAUAAAUCAUUGUUGACUUUUACAAAAACCCAUUUUGUGUCAAGUACUUUUAAAACAUUACUUUUAACAAGAGUCCAAAUGUCCUUAAUGGUCACCUAAACUUGUAAAGGAUUUAUAGAAUGGCAUUUUAAGGUUUUGACCCCCCC